AUGGGGUCUCUAGAUCCAAAGGGCUGGAAUCCAAUGGGCAAUGCUGUUCCCAUUACCUGUUUCUCUGUCCUCUCUGUCUAUGAGAGGUUCCCAGAGGCAGCAGACACUGCUGUGAUGGCGCCUGCAGAGCCCUCUCCUAUUCCCCAUGCCUCUCAAGGGUCUGUCCCUCUCCGCUAUCUUCAGAUCUCAUCCUUCGCCAACAGCAGCUGGAUCCGCACAGAUGCUACAGUGUGGCUUGGGGAGCUGCAGACCCAUGCUUGGAAGAAUGACUCUGAUUCCCUCAGGUUUCUGAAACCUUGGUCCCAGGGCACAUUCUCUCAGCAGCAGUGGCAGAAUCUGCAACAUCUACUUCAAGUUUAUCGGAGAAGCUUCACCAGGGACAUGCUGGAAUUCUUCAAAAUGCUGCAAAUCGACUAUCCCUUUGAGAUCCAGAUGUCUGUUGGAUGUGAGGUGCACCCCAAUAGUUUCUCAGAAAGCUUCUUCCAUGUAGCACUUCAAGGAAGAGAUGCCGUGAGCUUCCAAGGAACCUGUUGGGUGCCAGCCCCAGAUACUCCACAGUGGAUGAACAAGGUCAUUGAAGUGCUCAACCAAGACCGGGGCACCAGGGAGACAGUGCAGUGGCUCCUCAACGACACCUGCCCAGAGUUUGUCAGGGGAGAACUUGAGAAGGGCAAAUCAGAGCUGGAGAAGCAAGUAAAACCAGUGGCUUGGCUAUCUCAUGGCCCCACUCCCGGUCCUGGUCGAAUGCUACUGGUAUGUCAUGUCUCAGGAUUCUACCCAAAGCCAGUGUGGGUGAUGUGGAUGCGUGGUGAGCAGCAGCAGCUGGACACUCAACAUGGAGAUAUCCUGCCCAAUGCAGAUGGGACAUGGUAUCUCCGAGUAUCAUUGGAUGUUGCAUCUGCGGAAGCAAUUGGCCUGACUUGCCAAAUUAAACACAGCAGCCUUGGAGACCAGGACAUCAUUCUCUACUGGGGUACGAAACACAUCUCUGUAGGCUUGAUCAUCUUGGUAAUACUGGUGCUAAUUCUGAUUGGUGGAGCUGUAUUCAUCUGUUUCAGGAGGACCCGCUUGGCCACCUCCUACCACUCCAUUCCACCCCCAGCCCUGCAAAUGAAAGAGCUGACAGAGGCACGAGCCAUAGGACUAGGCAUGGGAGUAUUUUACACAAAACCUUAA